UUCUCGAUUACGCUAUAUUUUAAUUUUAAGUAUGGGAAAGGGUGUUUGGGUUUUGGGCCUGGGCGUCUUCAUUUUCCGCUUUCAAUUUCUGUUUCUACUAUUUUGUACGGUGGGUUGUAGCCCUCCUGAAGACCCCAUCAAGUGUUCGUCCCCGUCACAAACAAGUAAUUGCACCAUCUCCAAUUCCUACGGUGCAUUCCCUGAUCGGAGCGUAUGUCGAGCUGCUGAUGUCGUGUAUCCAACAAGCGAGGAAGAGCUCGUGGCGGUGGUAGCGAAUGGUACGAUGAGGAAGAGAAAGAUGAAGGUGGCGACCCUUUCCUCUCACAGCAUCCCCAAACUCAUGUGUCCCCACGGAGAGGAUGGGUUACUAAUAAGCACCAAGUAUCUUAACCGGACGUUGAAGCUGGAACCCACCACCAUGACGAUCACUGUGGAGACUGGAGUGACGCUAAGGCAGUUGAUCGACGACGCAGCCAAGGCUGGGCUGGCGUUGCCUUACUCACCCUACUGGUGGGGGUUCACCGUGGGUGGGCUUCUGGCUACCGGUGCCCACGGCAGCUCCUUGUGGGGGAAGGGAAGUGCUGUGCAUGACUACGUCGUGGAACUUCGAAUUGUCACUCCCUCGGGGCCUAACGACAACUACGCUAAGCUCCGAGUAAUCGAUACUACUAACCCUGAUGAGCUUAGUGCCACACGAGUGUCCCUGGGAGUCCUCGGAGUCAUCUCUCAGGUCACCCUGAGAUUGGAACCACUCUUCAAGCGAUCCAUUACAUAUUUGGUGUUGGAGAAAGAUACAGACUUGGGAGACCAAGCUAUUGAAUUCGGCAAUCGACACGAGUUUGCAGAUAUCACAUGGUAUCCAAGUCAACGGAAGGUGGCUUACCGCAUUGAUGACCGAGUCAACUCCACCGUUUCCGGCAAUGGUCGAUAUGACUUCCUUGGAUUCCGGGCUAUGCCUUCCCUUGAAUUAGCAACCAUAAGAUCUACAGAGGAAAGUCAAGAGUAUACAAGAAAUGCAGAGGGAAAGUGUGUGAAUGCAAAGCUAACGACGUCCACCUUGAUUGCCAGCGCGUAUGGACUAACGAAUGAUGGGAUUAGGUUUACGGGUUACCCAGUGGUUGGAUAUAACAAUCGCCUGGAAGCCUCAGGGACAUGCCUGGAAAGCCCUGAGGAUGGUCUCACCACUGUGUGCCCCUGGGAUCCCAGGGUGAAGUCCGAAUUCUUCCACCAAACCGCCGUUAGUGUAGCCCUAUCCAAAGUGAAGAGCUUUAUCCAAGACGUGCAGAAGCUGAGGGAUUUGGAGCCCAAGUCACUAUGUGGGUUGGACCUCUACAACGGUAUCCUGAUGCGAUACGUGAAGAAGACCUCCAACGCUUAUUUGGGGAAACAGGAAGACGCAGUGGAUUUCGAUAUCUCCUACUACAGGAGCAGCGACCCCAUGAGACCUAGGCUUUACGAGGACAUAAUGGAAGAGAUAGAGCAGCUUGCGCUGGUCAAGUAUGAAGGGCUGCCGCACUGGGGCAAGAAUCGGAACAUUGCGUUCAAUGGGGCCAUCAACAAGUACGGGAGGAAUGCAGAGGCAUUCCUUAAGGUGAAGCAGAGGUAUGACCCACAGGGGCUCUUCUCUAGCGAAUGGACAGACAAAGUGCUUGGGAUUCAGAAUACAAAUGGAGUGACCAGCAUACUCAAGGAGGGAUGCGCGCUGGAAGGGCUCUGUGUAUGCUCCCAGGACAACCAUUGCGCCCCACACCAGGGUUUCUUUUGUAGACCUGGAAAAGUAUACCAGGAUGCACGAGUAUGUACCUCCAUGUCCACGCGGUCGCUAACUACUACUAACAAUUAG